UAGUUUUGCCCCUCUUUGGAACCCCAAGAGUCACUUACAGCAGUUUACAAAAAGACACUCAAAUUAAUAUCACAACCAAAUCUAGGGAUUUUUUCAGACAGCAUUUUCCAUGUUCUUCCCUGAUACCAUACCAGGGAGCAGCUCUUGGCAAAAUCCUGGUGCAACUUUUCCAGUCAUCUCCAGCCAGUUUAACUACGGGUGGGGGAUGAUGGGAGUUAUACCCCCACAAUACUUGUGAAUCCAAGGAUGUGGAGUGGGGCUGUGCAGAUGGGACUUAGGAUGGAAGCAGUCUUUUUUUUUUUGGCAGUCCCCAGGCAGCAAGUCAUCUUAGCCAGCCAGCCAGCCUAAAUGCACCAGAGUUCAUAAUUUAUUUGUGGCACAUAAACAAGCCAGAGAGAGUGUGUGUCUGUGUCCUUGCUUGACUACUGUAGUCAAUUCUUACACCCCACGGGGAGAUAUACAAACCUGAAAUAACGUAAAAUUGUGAUAUUUUAAGCUAACAUUUUCUUCUGUUUUAUGUUCUGUGGUAUAGCAGUGUUAGCUCCAGGGGUUCUGUGCGGGGAGGUUUGGGCAAGUUCAAAAGGUACUCAUGUCCACAGUGGGCACUUUUUCUUGAAUGGAUCCAUGUCCUCCUGCCAGUAUCCGUUUGCUUGCCGCUGCCUCCCACCCGCUCUGGAGUUGAUCUGUAUCACUACCCAGAGGAAUGGAGGAAUAUUGACUAAGAUGGCUUCAUUGACUCGACAGAUAUCCAGAUGUUUCCCCUUGCUAAAGAAAAACAGUAUUGUGAAUAGUGCAAAACAGCUAAGAAAACAAACUGUCAAAUCAUGGACACUUCCUCUUCAACAAUCCGGAUUGCCAUUGUUUUGUCCUUACAGAUACUCAUGUCAACUAGCGUCAAAGAACUCUAAGACUGUACUUUUUGAUAACCAUUUACGAUUCUGUAGUUCAAGCACUGCACUGAAUCAGAGUCCAGAUAAUAAUUCAUCCUUAGUUAACAGACCAGAAACUGAAAUAAUAUCCAGUUUGUAUACCGAAGCAUUGCAUGAAGAAGGAUUAGAAGACACUUUGCCUUCAUCCCCUUUUGAGGAAGUUUUGGAAGAUGAGGCUCUUCAGAUCAGGGCUGAGCCACCACUUCCUUUUGAAUCGUUCACGCUUCAAGAUUAUGUCGAUCAUUCAGAAACACUGCAGAAGCUGGUGCUUUUAGGAGUUGAUUUGUCCAAAGUGGAAAAACGUUCAGCUGCAGGCCAGCUACUUCUCAAGUUGGACUUUGAAAAAGAUAUAAAAAACAUCAUCCUGUUUCUCAAGGAUGUUGGCUUGGAAGAUAAGCAGCUUGGGCCAUUUAUCACAAGAAAUCCCUAUAUUUUCAGAGAAGAAGUGGAAGAUCUAAAGACAAGGGUAGCUUAUCUAACAUCAAAAAAAUUCAGCAAGGAAGCAAUUGCACAGAUGGUCUCAGGGGCUCCAUAUUUACUCCUCUUUUCUGUGGAAAGACUGGAUAAUAGGCUGGGUUUCUUCCAAAAAGAACUUGGACUCAAUUCGCAAAAGACCAGAGAUGUAGUAACUCGUCUUCCAAGGUUACUGACUGGCAGUCUUGAGCCUAUUAAAGAAAAUCUGAAGGUGUAUGAGCUGGAACUUGGUUUUAGUAAGAAUGAAAUUCGGCAUAUUGCACACAGAAUCCCCAAGAAUUUAGGUAUAAGCAAAAGGAAGCUAACGGAGAUCUUUGACUACGUGCACAACGUCAUGGGCAUUCCCCACAGCCUGAUGGUUCAUUUUCCUCAGGUUUUUAAUUCAAAGCUGCUGCGAAUCAAAGAAAGACACAUGUUUCUUAAAUUCAUUGGAAGAGCACAAUAUGAUCCAAAACAGCCCAAUUAUAUCUCCUUAGAAAAACUGAUAUCCCUGCCAGAUGAUGUGUUCUGCACAGAAGUUGCCAAAGCAGAAAAACAAGACUUUUGCAUUUUCUUGAAAACACUGUAAAAGAAAAGAAAAAAACUUUGUUAAUAAAAUAAAUCUGAAG